CGAGGCCGUGCGGGCUGCGCCCGGCUCGGCUCGGCUCGGCUCGGCUCGGUCCGCUCGGCUCCCGAGCGCCGGCGGCUGGGGUCACCGCACGCCGCGUCGUCCCCGAUGCUCCGCGGUCCGCUCCUUCACACGAUCCGGCGAGCUGGCAUGAGGAGCCGCGAAAACUGACGAGUCCAAGGAAAGAGUCAAUGGCGACGCCCCCCGUCCCUGGUUCAGGGAUGCCUGGAGCAUUUUCUGCAACUCAGAGCCAGGCAGGACGUGAGGUUAAUACAGCUUCUCUCUGUCGAAUCGGCCAAGAGACGGUACAAGACAUUGUUUCGAGAACGAUGGAAAUCUUCCAGCUUCUUCGAAAUAUGCAGUUGCCCAAUGGUGUGUCGUAUCACACAGCCACACAUCAGGACAGGCAGGGGAAACUGCAGGAACACCUCCGCCAGUUGUCUGUCCUCUUCCGGAAGCUGAGACUGGUCUAUGACAAAUGCAGCGAAAACUGUGCCGGCCUAGAUCCUGUCCCGAUGGAGCAAUUGAUUCCCUAUGUGGAGGAUGAAAGUACGAAACAUGAGGAUCACAGCUUAGCAAAUCAACUUCGCUUAGCAAGUGAAGAGAGGCGAGAAAUUGUCGAGGUAAAUAAGAAGCUUAAACUGAAAAACCAGCAGCUGAAGCAAAUCAUGGAUCAACUACGCAACCUGAUUUGGGACGUUAAUGCGAUGCUGGUGAUGAGAAACUGAGUGAGGCUGUUAAGCCCGUCGGUGUUUUGAAUGUACGUGCGUUGAUGGUGUUAGUGCAGCACCUGAUAACCAAGGGUGCUGCCUGAAGCCCGUUUGAAACAUGAAUGCAAAUGCUCAGUCCCUUAGGAUGGGGUGCACAGCGAAACUUGCCCGAUCUGAAUUGUCACUUUGUGAGCAGUAUGUUAAUUUGAGGGGCAUAUUUAAUGUACUUGUGUAGCAGUUGCCCAGUUGACAUGGUAAAGAUGAUAAGGCAUAGAAGCAGAAUUAGGCCAUUCAGCCCAUUGAGUCUAUCAUGGUUGAUUUAUUAUCCCUCUUAACCCCCACUCUCCUGCCUUCUCCCUGUAACCUUUGGCACUCUUACUAAACUAAAGGGUAGAAACACUAAUCCUGAAGGGAAGCAGGCCCUCUGUAUAAAAGGAGAAUUUAAGGUAUGUGGCAGCUCGUUCAGACUCGCAUUCCUGUACUGAGAUGCUGACAGCGAGAGGAUUAGUGUGUUUACCUUUCUGUCUUUUAUCAGGUUGUGUUUAUUGUUCUUUUGAGAAUCUGUGCUACAUUUGCGAUUGAGCAUUUUGUUUCUUGAUGCCCUGGUGUUAGAAUCUGUGAUGUUUACUGUGGCCGUCUUUGAAAUUCCACAAACUCAAAAUGAUUUUAGACAUUAAACAUACCCAAUCAACUAUAGACUUCCAGUGCAUCAGUCCAGAUCUGUAAAACACUAUUUUAGUCCACAAAUUCUGCAUAUAAAUUCCUUUCCAGUUAAUUAGACCAUAAGAUAUAGUCGCAGAAUCAGGCCAUUUAGCCCAUUGAGUCUGGUCCGCCAUUCCGUCAUGGCUGAUUUAUUAUCUCUCUCAUCCCCAUUCUCCUGCCUUCUCCCCAUAUCCUUUGACGUCCUCACUAAUGGAAAACCUAUCAAUCUCUACUUUAAAUACACCCAAUGACUUGGCCUCCACAGCUAUCUACGGCAAUGAGUAACACAGAUUCAAUACCCUCUAGCUAAAGAAUUCCUACUUGUUGUUUAGAAAGCCUAACGUUUCGGGGAACUUUUCUGGAAAGUUUUUUGGAGCUGGUAAGCUCCAAAGCAUUAUUUUGAUAAUUCAAUAUUUUACAGUUAAUUUGUUUCAGGGUGCUGUAAAAAUAUUUUAGAUAAUUUAAGACCUGUUUUAUAAAAUAAUUUUUUUUGGAUAAAUAAAAAGUGAGCAACUUUAAACAGCUGUUUUGAAAGUUUAUAGAAAAUAAUUCUAAAAAGUAUUUACCAUCAUUAACAAGGCAACAUUGUUCACAUACAUGGACCACGAGAACAAGCCCAAUUAGCUUACUGUGGCUGAUUAUAUGUGGAAAAUAUAGCCUUGAAGGCAGUUAUAUUUUAUAAUAUAUAGUUGUACUCUUAUGCAGGGUCUUAGUUUUUGGAAAGCAGAUGAAGAAUGCUUGCCAAUGCUGAACCUCGAUGUACAUAGAGAAAGAUAAUCUGAUGAGACCUUUGAGUGGGGUCAAUCCCUGCUGUUUUAUCAAGAUUAAAACUUGCAUUUUAUUAUGGAAA